AUGCUCCCGAACGAUGCCGUCUCCCCUGACACCUCUAUGUCCGCUGCCCCCUUCUCAACAUACACCUCCGUGUUCUAAGAAUCCCUCAAGCAAUUCCUCACCCAAAACCCUCCCGACUGCAUCGUUAUCGAGAUCUUCCACCGUUGGGCCUCUGACGUCAUCAACUCCCUUGGAAUUAGAAGAAUCAUCUUCAAAGGAAAUGGGUUCUUCUCCUGCUGCAUGAUACAGAAUGUCAGCCAUUUUGGGCCACACGAGAAACUGGGCUCCGAUUUGGAGCCUUUUGUGGUGCCGGGUCUGCCUAAUUGGGUCGAAUUGACGAAAUCCCAGCUGCCCAUGUUCGCCAGAAACAAAGGUGGGCCUGAUAAGUUUGGGCAAUUGGAGGAUAAGAGCUUUGGGGUUGUGGUGAAUAGCUUCUAUGAAUUGGAGUCAAAAUAUGUUGACUAUUUCAAGAAUGAAUUGGGGAAGAAGGCGUGGGGGAUCGGCCCGGUUUCACUAUGCAACAGAGAUGAAGCUGAUAAAUCUGAGAGAGGCAAAGCUACUUCGGUUGAUGAGGAUAAUCUGAAAUGGUGUUUGAAUUGGUUGGAUUCUCAAGAACCUAACUCAGUUAUGAACAUUAGUUUUGGAAGCUUCGCUCGAUUGUCUUAUAAACAACUUCUCGAAAUCGCUCAUGGGCUUGAUGAUUCUAAGCAGGCUUUUGUCUGGGUUAUUGGGAAAGUGUUUACAUAUGAGAAUAAAGAUCAUGAAGAUGAGGAAAAUUGGCUUGUGGGUUUUGAGAAGAGAAUGAGGGAGAGUCCAAGAGGGGUUGUGAUAAGGGGAUGGGCUCCUCAGAUUUUGAUGUUGGAGCAUAAGUCUGUAGGAUGGUUUGUGAGUCACUAUAGGUGGAACUCGACAUUGGAGAGAGAGAGAGGAGAGAGACAAAGUUGCGCUUCAUCUAGUAUGGAGGGGCUGGAUGGUGGUGCGAGGUGCUGGAUCGGGCAUCAUGGGAGGCUUGCUUCGAUGUGGGAUGGCUUGGACACAACAUGGACGUGGCGGCGCGGCUUGCAACUUAAACGUGGCGGCGCGGUUGCAGCGGGGUUGUGA